AUUGACCUUUGAGGAUGUGCAUGUCCACUUCACUCGGGAGGAAUGGUCCUUGCUGGAUCCAUCUCAGAAGAGACUUUACAAAGAUGUAAUGCUGGAGAUCUACAGGAAUCUCACUGCUAUAGGCUACAAAUGGAAAGGCCAUAACAUUGAAGAACACUGUCAAAAUGAUAGAAGAUAUGGAAGGCAGGAAAGAAGCCCUGCUGGAGAGAAACCCUAUGAAUAUACACAAUGUCAUAAAGCCUUCACAUAUCACAGUCAUCUUCAAAAGCUUGAAGGAAACCAAACUCGAGAGAAACACUCUGAAGGCUUUCCACAUAUUGAAGCGCUUGCAUGUCAGAGUACUGUCCAAAUAAAUAAAAGAACAGAUACUGGAGAGGAACCCUACAAAUGUAAUGAAUGCGAUAAAGCCUUUUUACAACUCGAGUAUCUUCGAGUACUUGAAAGAACACAUUCUGGAAAGAAACCCUAUGAAUGUAAUCAAUGUGGUAAAGCCUUUUUAAAUCCCGCCCGUCUUCGAAUCCAUGAAAGAACACAUACUGGAGAGAAACCUUACCAAUGUAAUCAGUGUGGUAAAGCCUUUACACAAAGUGGUAAUCUUCAAACCCAUAAAGUAGUACAUACUGGAGUGAGACCCUACAUAUGUAAUCAAUGUAAUAAAACCUUUUCACACCAGAGUCAUCUCCGAAUACAUGAAAGAACACACACUGGAGAGAAACCUUACAUAUGUAAGCACUGUGAUAAAGCCUGUUCACACCGGAGUCAUCUCCGAAUACAUGAAAGAACGCAUACUGGAGAAAAGCCUUACAUAUGUAAACAGUGUGAUAAAGCCUAUUCACACCGCAGUAAUCUCCGAAUACAUGAAAGAACACAUACUGGAGAGAAACCUUACAUAUGUAAACACUGCGAUAAAGCCUAUUCACGCCAGAGUUAUCUCCGAAUACAUGAAAGAACACAUACUGGAGAGAAACCUUACAAAUGUAAUGAAUGUGAAAAAGCCUUUGCACGGCUCAAGUAUCUUCGAGCACAUGAAAGAACACAUACUGGAGAGAAACCCUAUGAAUGUAAUCAGUGUGGUAAAGCCUUUUUACAACCUUCCUUUCUUCGACUACAUGAAAGAACACAUACUGGAGAGAAACCGUACAAAUGUAAUCAAUGUGAUAAAGCCUUUGCAUGGCUCAAGUGUCUCCGAGUACAUGAAAAAAAACAUACUGGAGAGAAACCCUACAAAUGUAAUCAGUGUCAUAAAGCCUUUGCACAGCUCCCAUGUCUUCGAGUACAUGAAAGAACACAUACUGGAGAGAAACCUUACAAAUGUGAUCAAUGUGGUAAGGCCUUUACACAAAUCGGUCAUCUUCAAACCCAUAAAGUAAUACAUACUGGAGGGAGACUCUAAGUAUGUAAUCAGUGUGAUAAAGCCUAUUCACUCCAGAGUCAUCUUCCAAUACAUGAAAGAACACAUACUGGAGAGAAACCUUUUAAAUGUAAUCAGUGUAGUAAAUCAUUUUUAUCUCACAGUCAUCAUCAAGCUGAUGAAAGAAUUCAUACUGAAUAGAAACCUUACAAAUGUAAUGAAUGAGAUAAAGCCUUUGGAUAGCCCAGGUAUCUUCUUAUACAUGAAAGAAGGCAUACUGGAGAGAAACCUUAUGAAUGGGCUCACUGUGGUAAAGCCUUUGCACAUCACAAUAAUCCCUGAAUAUAUAUGAGAACACAUUCUGUAGAAACGCCCAAUGAAUAAAUGUAAUCAAUGUCAUAAGACAUUUGCGUGUGGCAAUAGUCUUUGAAUAUAUUAAAGAACAGAUACUGGAGAGAAAACAUAUGGCUCCUUGGGGAAAUGUGAAAGAACUCAUAAUGUAGAGAAUCAAUACAAAGGACUUGGUAAGAUCAUUACGUUCAGGUCCACAAGAUUAUUUCUGGAAAAAAAUAACCUGACCAUUGUUGUCCAUCUACUCAAGCAAAAUGUUCCUUUGUAUUUUACAUGCACCUGCAAAUUUAUCUUGACAAAAUUCAUUUAAAUGAUAAGCUAAAAAAAACCCUUUAGAUGUUACACUUCUCUUUAAUUUCACACACACAAAAAACUUUCUGGUAUAUAAUUUUGGGGUGUCUAUUAAUGACUUUUCUGUUUCUGGGAAAAACAAUGUCUAAGACAACUUAUAAAGCAGUUUAAUUUGGCUUAUGGUUCCACACCACCAAAGUGUCACUAAAAUCAGUUGUGAGACAUGGCAGCUAAAGUAGGAAGCUCAAAUAUCACAUCUUCAACCUGUAGCAGGUAGCAAGGAGUAGGAACUAGAAAUGUCAUAGAUAAAAACUCUCAAGCCCACCUCCACUGAUAUAUUUCCUCCACCAGGGCAGCAUUUGUUCAAUCUUCCCAAAUGAUACAAUCAACUUAGAAGGAUUGAUUUCUCUGAUUGCAAACAUACCUCUGUAUGUAUUUAUAGCCCUGUAAAUAUUUGAAAGUGUCUAUGUAUUAUGUUGAUAUCAGGUCAUGAGAAAACAUUCAUACAUAAGAGAAAUCCUAUCCCUACAAUCAAUUUGGUAAAGAUUUUGACAUCACAUUCCAUCAACAUAAAAAAUAUUGCUACACCUCUUUUUCUUAAUAUCCUUUGAAGCAAGUAAAUAAUUCACCAUGUUCAUGUAAGUUCGUUGGUUCAUAUAUCCACGUGUGGUUUAUAUUUUGAGAGUUUCGAACUUGGUGUUGAAGUGUGCUGUAUGUGUGACAAAUGCCUUUAUUAAAAUAUAAUUGAUGAUUCUUAUAUUACUUCUGUGGCUACAGGUUUCUUCUCUUAUGCUUUUACUUGAUGUCAGAUGUCUUUUGCCUUCAAUUGAUAUAAUAUAAUGCCUAUCAACUAAGUGGUUCAUUAUCUAUUUAAAAAUUGGAUUGUGCCAGGCAUGGUGGCUCACGCCUUUAA